AUGGCUAAAUAGUAGAGCAAUAUUACUAUAGUAGUCAAUCUACAAUAUACAAUCUACUAUAUAAAUACAAGCAAUAUGUAAUGCUUACCAAAUUUGCCUGUUUGUCAUUUAGCAAUACGGGGAACAAUAUGAUUCUAUGCGUGAUGUUUGUACAUAUAUAUUAUAUUAACUGACUUAAAAGUAGAAAUUAUUUGUUGAACGCUGGAGAGGAAUUUGUUUUCUGAAAAUUUUCAAUUUAAAGCAGAGAUUAAUUAUAGAUAAUUAUUAAUUUGUAUUAUUUAAAGUUAUAGCUAGUAUAUAUUUUUCCACUGAUCUUUAGUUUUUAAAUUUAUUAAAAGUUAAUAAACUGAUAAUAAUAUCAAUUAUUAGUCGAGUUAUUUCUAAUUCAAUAAUAAAAUUGAAUAUAAAUUCAGAGUUAUGUUUGAUUACCCAUUGACAAAAAAUUAGAUGCAAUUUAAAUACAUUUUUAUUUAAAAAUGGCUACAAGAAAAUGCGAUUUAUCUUUGAAAAAUUUUUAUAUCUUCAAUUCAUUAAUUUCGCAUAAGGAGGGUGAAGAAAACAAAAAAGUAUUGUUUUAUUACCCAGCAACAGAUGAUGAAAUUAAGAUUAGAGAUAUUGGCUUAACUGAAGCCAUUAUCAAAUUUACUGGAACAUUCAAUGCGGAAAGCAAAGCUUUGCACACACAGAAGACAACUCAACUCUUUUUUCAACCUGAAAAUGACUUUUGGAUGGUUUUGACUUUAAAUGUUCCAUACGAAGUCAGAACUAAAGAAGGUGCAGAAAUAACGGAUCACAGGGGUAAAGAUGUCACAGACAAAGUUUUUAGAGCAGUAUUACGUCAGAGUUAUUUGAUGUUUAAAUUAUUUGCUGGAACUUUUGCAAUGAAUUUUGUUGGAGAAACGGAAGACGAAAAGGCUGAUACUUUAAGAAAGAAGUUGGAUUUAUUCUAUUCAAAAUAUUUAUUAACCCUAAAGCUUCCAUCUUGUGAUAUAAUUGAUGUAGUAAGAAGCAUACAGUAUUUACCAGUAAAAAAAAAUUUAUUUCUUAGAAUACAUAAUUUUAUAAAUAUGAUGCAAGCUACUUUCCCCACAAUUGAACAUUGUGUGUUUUUAUAUAACGAUCAACUAAUUUGGAGUGGUAUAAAUUCAUCAGAUCUGUAUUCAGUUCAUGAAUAUUUAGUUGGGAGCUUAUUUCCAAAAGCAUUUGAAUCCGAAAUACAGGGUGGUCCAAUUAGAAGAAGUUACUCAAUAGAUUGUGGUCAUUAUGGCACUUUCUUAACAGGUCCGGAAAAUUUUGAUGAUUCCAUCAAAGCGCCAAAAAUAUACAUAACUCAAAAUGAAGAGUUGAAGUGCUUUUAUUUGAUAGUUUACAGAGCUCUAAAUGGAACGCUAUGCAUUUUGAUUGACGGCAAGUCUUUAAUUAAUGAUGAAUUUUAUUUGGAAUUGCACUCUUAUAUGGGACCUCAACUAUCGAGUAUAGCAUCAGAAAUCGGCGAAACUUUUUCAAAAGGAUCAAAUUCAAUAUCGAACAAAGAUUUAAAUGAAGAAGAUGCAGGUCCAAAGUAUCUUUUUAUAAAUGAGUUGAAUUUGCGUCAUAAAGGUUCAUUCAAUUUUAAUCAAAAAAAUAGAGGAAUGACAACGAUUCCGAGAAACGUAAUGAGUUUAAUCGCUGAUUUAUAUAACGAAAAUGAGUUUGAGUCAAACGGCAAAUUUGAAGAAAUAUGUUUCAAAUCUAUAAGCGACUAUUGGAUUGUAAAAAAAACAUCUAAUUGGAGACAAUUCUAUGUAAUUAUUCAUAACAAUAAGGCUACAUUACUAGACAUUACCAAUGAAGCAAAAAAACUUUUCGAGCAACAUACAAGCGAUUUUUUCUUCUGAAAAGUAUAUGAUUUAAUAUGAUUUGUAAAAAGUUGCAAACCCUAUUUUAAAAAAUAACUUCAUUUUUAUUUUAAAUAAAAUUAAAUAUUUAUUUAUGUA